AUUCCAAAAAACACGAAGGCGAAAAGUAAAAUAAAUUGAUUUGGUUACGUGCUCUCUCUAUCUCUCUGGCAAAUACAAUCAGUUAGAGUCUCUCUUUAGCUCUCUCUCCUACUUGCCAUUUUUCUAAUUUAGACGACUCAUAUAUUUCCUAAUUUAAAACCUUCAAAUCCAUCUUCUCUAUACGUACACACUCUCUGUAUCUAUAUCUUACAGAUCAUAAGCUUCCAUGGAUUCACCUGCUCAACGUCGCAUUCAAGCUAUUCAACAACACCUCAUCUCCUCCCAAGAUGAAGAUUACCAAGCUUCGUCGCUCCGGCCUAAUGAGACCGCCGGCGAGUUCGUCCUCGAACAAGGAUACAGUGUCAUCCUUCCUGAAAAACUGGAGACCGGAAAAUGGAACGUAUACAGAUCUGUUCUAUCUCCUAUGAAGCUUGUGAGCGAAUUUCCUAAUAAUCCUGAAAUCCGUACUUUGCAUGAUAAUUUUACGCACUCGGCAAAGAUAUUCCGGGAUUAUAAGUAUUUGGGUACACGAGUUCGAGUGGAUGGAACAGUUGGAGAUUACAAGUGGAUGACCUAUGGGGAAGCAGCUGCUGCAAGGUCAGCUAUUGGUUCUGGGCUAGUGUCUCAUGGGAUACCGAAGGGGUCAUGUGUAGGGAUAUAUUUCAUCAACAGACCGGAGUGGAUGAUAGUUGAUCAUGCCUGCUCAGCCUAUUCUUACAUCUCCGUUCCUUUAUACGACACCCUUGGUCCUGAUGCUGUCCAAUUUAUAGUCAAUCAUGCAACUGUGCAAGCUAUAUUUUGCGUGCCACAGACAUUGAAUGUUUUGCUAAGCUUCCUGUCUGAGAUGCCCACCGUACGUCUUGUUGUGGUGGUUGGAGGGGUGGAUGAGAAGAUUCCAUCACUUCCAUCAACAGCUGGAGUUGAAAUUGUUUCAUAUACAAAGUUAAUUAGCCAGGGCCAAAGCAACCUCCAUCCUUUCUGUGCACCAAACCCUGCUGAUACUGCUACAAUUUGUUAUACCAGUGGUACAACUGGGACACCAAAGGGAGUUGUCCUAUCACAUGGUAAUUUGAUUGCAAAUGUUGCUGGUGCAACUUACAGUAUGCAAUUCACAACCUCAGAUAUUUACAUAUCAUAUCUGCCUUUAGCCCACAUCUAUGAACGGUUUAACCAGAUACUGGUGGCAUAUUAUGGAGGUGCAGUUGGAUUCUACCAAGGAGACAACCUAAAGCUACUGGAUGAUAUGGCAGUUCUAAGACCCACCGUCUUCUGCAGUGUUCCACGGCUGUUUAAUAGGAUAUAUGCUGGCAUCACAAAUGCUGUGAAGGCAUCUGGUGGUUUAAAGGAGAGGUUAUUCAAUGUUGCCUACAAUGCCAAGAAGCAAGCGGUACUCAGUGGCAAGACUCCAUCUCCCAUGUGGGACAGGUUGGUUUUCAAUAAAAUAAAAGAAAAACUUGGAGGACGAAUUCGUCAUAUCGUUUCAGGUGCAUCACCUUUGUCUCCUGAUGUCAUGGAAUUUCUGAGAGUUUGCUUUGGCCAAGUCAUAGAAGGAUAUGGAAUGACAGAGACAGCUUGUGUUAUUAGCGCCUUAGAUAAGGAUGAUUUCUCGAUUGGCCAUGUUGGCGCCCCUAGUCCAGCAUGCGAGGUAAAGCUUGUAGAUGUUCCAGAAAUGAAUUAUACAUCCGACGAUCAGCCCCAUCCACGUGGUGAGAUCUGUGUACGGGGUCCCAUAGUAUUUCAAGGCUACUACAAAGAUGAAGUGCAAACAAGAGAAGUUAUUGAUGAAGAUGGAUGGUUUCACACUGGAGACAUAGGGCUGUGGCUACCUGGAGGCCGCUUAAAAAUCAUAGACAGGAAGAAGAACAUUUUCAAGUUGGCACAAGGAGAAUAUAUAGCUCCUGAGAAAAUUGAAAAUGUAUAUUCGAAAUGCAAGUUUGUUGCACAGUGUUUUGUCUAUGGUGACAGCUUGAACUCCUCACUGGUUGCGGUUGUCUGCUUGGACCCAGAUGUCUUUAAGGCUUGGGCUCUUGCUCAAGGUUUCAAGCCUGAGAACUUGGAACAACUGUGCAAAGACCCGAGAGCAAGGGCAGCCGUUCUGGCUGACAUGGAGGCUGUCGGCAAAGAAGCUCAGUUGAGAGGCUUUGAAUUUGCAAAAGCUGUGACUUUGGUUCUUGAACCUUUUACUUUGGAGAAUGGUUUGCUGACACCAACAUUUAAGAUCAAGAGACCUCAGGCGAAAGCAUACUUUGCAAAAGCGAUAACAGAUAUGUAUGCAGAAAUUGCCGCAUCUGAUCCUUCUUCUCAGAAGCUGUUGUAAAACUACAAGCUACGGUGAAGACAAUAGGCCAGAAUUUUACAAGACAACUGGGUCUUACAGUUUUUGUUGAAAACACCCGGGGGCCCAUGAAUUAUAAGAUUGUACUAUCCAUUGUCAUCGAUGUAUAGGAUCAAGAACUAAGCAAUUUAUUAAUCACUCUCCUAUAUAAUCAGUCAAGGAGACCCAGAUUAUUUGCAGUUGGUGUAUAGAGGGGUCUGUGUUCAUUGCAGAUAGUCAUUAUAUAGGAAUAUGUUCUAUGUUGUCAUUUCGUCAGAGUGUGAUUCAUGCUGACAAGCACAAGGAGUAAUAGAUCAUUUAUUUCAUGAAACUGUUACUAUUUAAAGCAAAUAACAAAUGAUAUUCAUUCAAAAUCAAUAUUUCUAUCAAA